AUGGCUUUACAAGAUGUAUGCGGCUUGCACGAUGCCCCUCUGCUCCCUCAAUGGAGUGCUCCACUCUCACAGUCCUUUAUGCCCGAAAAUUUCACUCGUCUGUUCGGAGGAGGGAUUUAUGGAGAGGCUUCUUGUUCAUGGCUGCCUAGGGGGGGCGCUGUGAGUCCCCUGGAGUUUUACAUGCCGGUUGCCGAGUACCUCACGGAAAGUCCUAUAGAGUUCGGUCAAACCAGCCUUGGUUCGUCCACUACAAAUCUGCUGACUGUCGACCAUCUACAGCCAUCAUUACCAUCAAUCUCUCUUCCUACCCCCUCACCCUGCUUAAUCUCUCCUGCCGUCCCUUUGCCUUUCGCGCUCUCUCAUGGCACUACCACUCUGGGCUUUGCGUUUCAGGGAGGUGUGAUCGCGGCAGCUGACACUCGCUCCAGUUGUUCAGGUUUGGUGGCCUGUCCUGCAUCCCCAAAGGUCUUACCCAUCCACUCUCACCUGGUGGGCACCACUUCUGGGACCUCGGCCGACUGUGCCCUCUGGAAACGCAUCCUGGCAAGAGAGCUCAGGCUCUACCAGCUUCGGUAUCGCCGCAGGCUCUCAACAGGGGGUGCUGCCAAACUCCUGUCACACAUGCUUCACCCGUUUAAAGGCACAGAGCUGUGUGUCGCAGCCACCCUGUGUGGAUGGGAUGGAGAUGAGGUAACUGGGCUCGAUGUAGAAGAGGAACCGAUCACUGGGAGAUAUGCAAAUACUCAGCCAACCAUGAAGACAAACACUCAAACAACAUCAAGGAUUUUAAGUAGCCAAUCAGAGAGCUCCUCAGACCUCAGCGUGGUUCGUUCAAGAGUAUCUGGUCCACGUGUUGUGUAUGUGUGUAGCGAUGGACGACGUUUGCAAGGAGAUCUGUUCUCUGUGGGAUCUGGAUCGCCUUAUGCUUACUCGAUCCUAGACAGCAGUGUUUACUGGGGUAUGAGCGUAGUAGAGGCAGCUUCAAUUGCCAGAGAAGCCGUGUACCGCGCCACACAUAGGGAUGCAUACUCUGGAAAUAACGUUGAUCUCUACCAUGUUACUGCCAAAGGAUGGAGACGUAGACAGAGGGAGGAUCUGAAAGAGGAAUAUUACAGAGAAAAAGAAAGGGAGAGAAAGAGGACAGCAGACAGAACAAUAGAAAAGACAUUAAUGGCUAAGUGA